UGUUUCUUUCAGAAUUGGCAAAAGUGCUCAGGCAAGACUCAGCUGCAGAAAUACUAGUUCUUUUUAGUGGCUCCAACUGAGCGGCUGGUUUUUAAAUGCUUGCAUACAUGGAGACGCAAAAUUAUCACAUUGGCGGGCAAAAAGAAUUUGCCUCAGCAGAACGACGAUCUCAGAGUGUUAAAGAGAUAGAGAAUGUCCUGAAAAGAGUGUCUCUAAGUCACUCAAACAGACAGUACAAGGAGAAUAUCUUACUCAAUGGUUCCUCUAAUGCUACACAAACAUCAGAUAUUCAGCUCACACAGAAUGGAUGUCUGAAAUCAGGGAACCCAUUUCUAAGUCCAGUUCAGACCACAGCCAGUGGAUUCAGCCCAACAAGCACAAACCCAUUUUUGACUCAAGACAAAGACUCCAAUGAGAACACUGUUUCUAGAGACAACAACAAAGACUUCAUGUUAAGGCAUGGACAAAGUAAUGGGUGGCCUUACCUUCCAACAUCUUCAGCACCAUCACUUGAGAAUGACUGUGCUGUUUCCCCACCUCCUACUCUAAGCCAGGAAACAAACCAAGCCACAUUCCACAGUCAAAAAUGGGACAUAUUCCAAAAUUCAAACUCUGCCAGAAUUUCUCCAACUGGUCUAAGCAAUCAACAAACAAACAUUUUUGAACUUUUCAAAGAGGAAACCAAUGUCUCCCAGAGAAUGGUAGACGAUGAGAAAACAUCAGAAGAUAAGGAUUCUCUCUUAGAACGCAUACUAGCCAAUCAAAAGAAUGAUGAGGAACCCAUUCCUUCUACCACAGCAUCCAGUCAGCUGGACGUUCUUAAAAACAUGUCUAGUUUUUUACCUACUCCAGUGAUCAAUGAUGACAUGUUCACAAACACUGCUGCAUCUCAGUCAAGUGAUAUUGUUCAAACUCCUGAGUUUAGCGCACAGAGCACAGUAUUUCAAAAGACCCAAUUACUUCAGACCCCAGCAUCUCUCCAGAAUAAUAAUUCUCAUUUAUCUGAUAAUUCCACUGUGAAUAAUGGACUGUUCAAGCCACAGGACAUCCACUUUGACAAAAUGUUCACUCCUACAAAGCCAAGUCAUGGAAUGUUCCAGGAAACUUCUACAUUGCCUUCACCUCUUAAUGUAUCAACAAAUGGAGAGUGGAUGUUCAGAAGACGACCCCCCAAACCAACCCCACGCAGUAAGGCUCCUAAGAAUCCUAACAAGAGUAUCAAAGAUGACACACCUGCUGUAGCUGUACCUGCUGAUCAGAAACCUGCACAGACUCUGUUCACACCCACCAUGGCUUCUCCCAUGUCCUUACCUACUGUGACACAACCUACAACUAAUAUCCAGGACACCAUGCUAACUUAUGAAGUAAACCAGAGCCAAGUUUAUGAGGAUAUUCUCUUCAUCGGCCAGGAGAAGUGUGUGGAGGACUGGCCAGAGGACAGCCCUGAGCUUAACCCUAACUGGAAACCUGCUGGGAAAUUAAAACUAAGGAGGGAGUCUUUGAGGAUUGCUCUAGAAUCUGAGGCAGCCCAAAAUGCAGAUGUUCUUGGGAAGAAAUCUGGCAAAACAAAAAAGAAGCUGAAGCUCUCUAAAAGAGGGUCAAAGGAUAAAUCAGCAGAUGACGCGAGGGCUCUGCAAAUAGACACAGUUCCCCGAGAGUCAAAGGAAAAAUAUCCUGAUAGCUUGAAUGAUGUCUAUGGUGAUACUUUGCCUUGGGGGACAAAGUUCCAUGCAUCAGAUGACCCUUUUCUGUCUGAACAAGAAGACCAGACUGCAAGAAUGAAAAGCAAAUCAGUGAAGAGUAAAAAGACAAAAUUCAUAGUUCCUCGUUUGCAAAACCGAGGAGCCAGGACAAAAUCUCUUGAUGAAGGUUUUGAAAACGGAUCACCGUUUCUGCAAGCCUCCAAGAGUGAACUGUUUCAGGAGUCACAUGAAGAUAAGCUGAGCAACAGUGAACAGGAAGAACCAGUGAUGAAAGACUGCAGACCGAAGGAACCGUGGAAAUUCAAAUCCCAUCCUUCUCACUGUCAAUACAAGGAUGCUAUUGAAGAUGAUCUGAAGAAGCUGAAUGGCCUUUCAUUUUUGAAGGGAUCAAAGGAAGACAUGUCUGUAAGAGCUGAGAAUGAAAAUCGUCAUUUCUCUGCUGACUUACUCGCAGAGUAUCAGCAUGAGUCAUUUUCUUCAAAAUCUUCACAUAGCAGUGGAAAAAUGCAAGAAUUACAAGACGAUCAGCCAAAAAGACCUAUUAAAUUCAAAAUUCCUCAUUCAUCUCGGAAAGGAUCAAAGAGUACCCUGGAGAAUGAUAUCCCACAGAAAGGUGCUGAUUUAUUUAAAGCCAGUGACAUUAAAGGGUUGGAAAUGAAUGCAUCUGGAGAUUAUAGUCAGAUGAGGAAGUCUCCUGUACAAAGGAUUUCACCAAUAAUUCAGGAAGACUCAAAGGGCUUAAAUGACGCAAAGAAAGGAGCUGAUCUUUUUAAAGCAGGAGACAUUGAAGAUGAUAACUGGACGGAGAAGCAUUACUUGGACUCAAAAGCAGAGAAGCUGAAAAAGGCCAAGGAACAAGUGUUCGUUCCUGAAGACAUUGAACCACCAGGUGCUACUUCUGGUGAUUACUACCUUUCCGAAGCAGCUAAGGCUGAGUGGAUGUCCUCACAGAUGGACGUGAGGCGAGCAAGAGUGCCGGAUGGAAAAGAGGAACUGGAAGAACUGAAGGAGGAAGAGGAAGGGGACACUGACAGUCUGAUGGAGUGGUGGAACACAGUCGAAUUAUGGGACGAACUGCCAUCAGAUGAGGAAGUCAGCAUAAAGGAGAACGAGACAAAAUCGUUCACUGAGAUUGCUGACAAAGUCCACAAUGGUCUCAGAGUGUUCUAUAAAGUUUUCACUGAACAUGCCGAAUUCCUGUACCAGCAUGUGCUGAGGCUGUAUGCCAUCGGUGAUGACCUCAGCAACUUCCAUCGCCGUGCUAAGAUUGCCAGCAUCACAGGUGGCACAACCACAGCUGUGGGUGGUGUGGCAGCCAUUGCUGGACUAGCACUGGCUCCUGUCACGUUUGGGGCUUCUCUGAUUGUGUCUGCUGUUGGGCUGGGAGUAGCAACAGCCGGUGGGAUCACAGCAGCUUCGGCCACCAUAUCAGACAAUGUCCACGACACGAACGACCGUAAGAAGAUCGAGGUGGUGGUGCAAGACUAUGAGACCCGACUAGCAGAAUUACGUCGCUGCCUGCACUUUGUGGCUGAAGGUGUGUAUCGACUGCGCUUCCACCCUCUGCUGCGCCGUAAUAAUUACUAUGCUGGUGACUGGGAGGUGCGGCGGGCGCUUCAGACUAUCAGCUUGGUUGGAGAGCCGGUGGAGCAGGCUCAGGACGUUGUGGAGAAGUCCACAACAGCUCUGAACAGUGUGUGCAAAAGCAUGGAUAAUUACUUUAGCAAGGAUUCAAAGGAGCUGAAGGUGGGCUGUAAGAAGGAGGUUACAGCGCAAGUGAAUAUGUUAGCCAAGUUGCUGCAUGAUGGCUUAGUGGAACUCAACUCCCUACGAGACCAGCUAAUGGAAGCUAUUGGGCACAAUUAGAACUGGAAGUAGAUAAAGAAUUUAACCUUGUUAUCUAUGACUGGUCACGUGCUGCAUAUGAUGGAAAAGUGUGACUCAGUUUCUUUUAGUAUUGUAUCAUAAUGUAUUAACUUAAGAAGAUAUUUGUGACAAGGAAGACACUGGUCAAGAAAGAUCACAUGUUCAAUAUGCAUAUAAAAUAAGAAUGUAAAUGUAGGAAUAUUAAGUGUCUUCCCUUUUUUUUUUGCUAUGGUGCACUUAAUACAACUUGGAUGUAAGAUACCAUAUAUACUUGACAUAAACAGCUUCAGUGGUUGGAGUUUUGGUUUCCUUCUUUGUGCAGUUUAGUUCUUGUUUUAAUAAUCACUUCCACAUUGGGAAAUACCAUUCACUGUAGAUACCAUUCUGUAAUUUAGUUACUGUUAUCUUCUCAUCUUUAAUCUGUAUUGUAAACCACUAAGACUGAAAAAAAAUGGGCAGGAAUUGUACUGAUGCCUUAUGUAAGGUGUACUUGUGUUACUGUAUAUUUUGCUCAUGUUUAGCCUACUGUGCAAUACAAAGUCCUGAUAAUAUAUAA